AACAACUUGCGGGUUUCGGUGAAAAUCAUAAGGUUUUUGCAACAGCAUGGGGGGGUUGGAUGGGCGUCUUACCAAGAAGUUUUCUCCUAACCUGUAUGGUAUAUUGUACAAAGCGUACGAAAACACACAGCGAGAGCACGAACCCAAUAACCUCAUAAAGGGUGCAAUUCGUCAAAUGUUCUUUUUAAAGGCAAAAGGGAAAAAACCCUAUCAGUUAGGCCACGUUUUUUGAUUAUUUCUCCCGAGCUUCUAUUUUGAGCUUGGUCCAGUUUUUCUAUCAGUGCUGUGAAAUGCUGGAUACUACACCUCAGGUGUGGCAGUGUGGUGACUCGGUUUCUAUAUUAUUCACACAAAGCUGCUCCAAAAAAAGGUCGCUUUAAUAUAUAAAAGAGCGAUCUCCGCAUAUCUUCGCCUUUUCUCUUUCUUAUUUUUCCUUACCACACGUAUACCUCUCAAAUGAUGACCAGCACCCGGCUCUUAUCGCAGCAACAACAGCAACAGACCACGCCAUCUUCGUAUCUCUAUUUACACCAGCAACAUGCAUGCAGCAACAAUGCUGCUGCUGCUGCUGAAGACGCUGAUAAUAACAACACCACAUUAUCCAGUUCCCGCCAUAUGCUGCUUGGCAUGAUCAAAGAACACCAUGCCUCCUUUUUGAUGGAGCAUCGAGACCGUCCAAAUGUUCUUAUCAGAGUCCUUGUAGGGCUUCAUGAGUUUGGAGCCAAAGAUGACCAGCUUGCUCAAGUGUACAGCCAGCUCUAUCCCGAGCUCACUCCAUUGAGAAGAGCCCACGUUCACAUCGACCGAGAUAACUGGCUCGAAUUUCUAGGCAACUCAGGAUACUAUGGUGACUACCUUGCCUUUUUCGACCAGCAGCUUGACGAACUCGGUAUGAAAGGGUUGUUGGAGCAAUAUUUUUACACCAGUCCCUUGCAACACUCGCUGGGUUCACAGCUGCAGCCGCUUGUGCAUCUGGCUUUUGGAAUUGAGCAGAAUUUGCCGCACGUCGUGACACAAGGUUUAGCUUAUACAGCCAGCACGUAUUUGGAUGCCUCGGAGCUAUGCGAGCUGACGCGUCAGGAACAAGAACAAAGGCAGCAACAACCGGUGACGCUGACGACCACGAAUGACGAAUUGUUGUUUGACUUGGUAGGCGCCGAUCAGCGCUUCGGCGGCAAGAUCGAUGGCCGCAACACGUUCCAUUCUUCCGUUAAGGUUUUGCUAAAGAGCAAAGCCGAUCUUCUGAAAACAUACAUGGCUGUGUGGCAAAACAUUAGCAGUACUGCUACUACUACUACUGCUACCAACACGACUUCAUCAAUACCGCAGCACCAGCAAGCGCUAAACCAACUCAUUGCCAUGGCCACACGUCUCAUCACAUAUAGUAACCAUGUCAACCAGGGCCAAAUCGAACUUGACUGGUUCCUUGGCGGCGGUCAGUUGCUUGCUUCAGCACUUGCCAUCCAAACAAUGAUCGACCAUUGUCCUCCAACCUUAUCAGUGGACUCGCUCGUCAACCUCCAAUUCCUUGCCACGCUAUGCACCUACAUAGUUCAGGGCCGCCCUCCUCGUGCCCAUUAUGCUCCUUACAACAACAACAACUAUACCAGCGCUACUGCGCCUCUACCCUCACCGCCUUUGGACUGGUCUGAUUGCGUGGCUGCUGUCGUCCAAUCCGCAGAUCCCAAGGCUAUCCUCACUAUGCACUCGCUCAAGCGUGCCGCACAUUCCAUUGGUAAUGACGACCAUCUCUAUCUCGACACAGCCAACUUUUUGGUCAACUUUGUGCAUGAUGGUAUCUGGGUCAAAGGUGGCAUUGGUUGGUAAAAGUGUACCCUGUUGUAUAUAUUCCUAAAAGAGUCAGAUAAUAAACCUGGUUUCCUCAAGCAAGCCUGUUUCUCCGAACUUUA